UAACGUUCGUGUAUCUCCCGGAUGAUUAUUAAACUAGUGUUUCUUCCAACAAAUUUUUUUUCAAGCCUCAAAACAAAGAAAAUGAAGUUUUGAUGUUGUUUGAUAUCGCGAUGUGAGCGCAGUGUGUGGCUAACUAUCGCCGCGUACGCAAUGUGCGUAAUUAUAGCGCGCACAGGGCAUCUUAAUUUUAGCGUUUAGGAUACGCGUAUUCCGUGUGUGCUCUCCUGCUGCGUCUCACAGCAAACGGGAACGCGAGAAGGCGCAGUACAUCCACAACUCUCGGGAUACGCGGGUGUUAAAUAUAAUUGAGUGUUUAAACAGUGCCUCAAUAUUUUAAAACUCGUACAACUUGUGUGCACUUUUACCGGUUUAUUACGGAUGAUUGUUUUCGAAUUUAUGUUGUCACCUUGAAAAUGGAACGCGACGAACGCGAGCCAAUAAUAAUAAUAAAAUCGACGUGCGCGCAUAAAAAGUAACCUUCGUGCACUUUGGACGCAAAUUAAUUUAAUAUUUAGUCAUUUUCGAUGCACGCUCACAAGUAACAAGUAAAUAUGAAAAAAUUCUGCAAUAAAAUUUCGAAUAAUCAAUGGCGUGUGACAGUUCCGAAUUUAAACACGACGAUUUUUCGCAAAUCAACAUCCAGUUGCGACAUGGACGCAGUGGAAAAGAAACGCGUGUCAUCCGGAAGUUACGAUAUUCCCGCUGCGCAAAGAGAAUAUGAUUUGCAUGGUCGUGUGACCACGCAGAGUCAACAUUCACUCCCACAACAAUCCGAUUCGAGCAGCACGGGAUCCUAUCAGGACGCUUGCCAGGAAGAGGGUGAAAAUACCGAACUCUACGAUGUUGUAGACGUGCACAAUCCGAGUGUGCGCAUUGUCGAAAGCAGAAAUCUCAGCGAAGCAAACAAUCGAUACGAAUACGACGUUCCGAGAAUACAUUUUUGUUUUAUUGAACAAAAACAACAACAAAAUCAGAAAUUAACUGAAAUAAACGAUGAGGAAACACAACAUGAUUACGAAAAUAAUAUCGAAGUAACUGAAUAUUCAAAAAUUAAUAAAUUAUCAAAGAGUAAGCAGAAACAUCGCAGCCAAUUACAGAUUUACGUAACAAACGUGAUUGAUCUGAACGAGUCUCAGGUGACGGGAAAUCCUGUCAUUAAAUUCGGCUCGGACCCGAAUCUAAAACUGAGCUUAACUGACGAUCAUGAUCAUGAACAUCAUGAUGAUGAUUCGGAUGGGUCGGACGCAUUCUACAAAGUCCCCCGACGCAUUGAUCAUUAUCAAAUCGCGUCGACCUCGAACCGAUUGUCGAAAUCACUGCAUGACUUCAACAUGGACGAGCUGGACCUGCCGCAGUUGUCACUGAGCGUCGAAAGCAUCGAGCACAUCUCAUGCAGUCAAGUCCUACCGAAUAUGUCCGACGAUACCACGCAGGCAUCGACAACAGGUGGUAGUAGUUGUAAGAAAAGUGCGCGGAAAGCAAGGUGGGAAAGUUUCAAGUCCAAGUUUGAGCGAUUCAAUCGCACGAUGGAGGAUCAAGCAGCCGUGCAACGCGUCGGUGCGUUUCAAAAUCAUGAUAAAUACGCUAUCAAUCUAGAAGGGAUGUAUAAAUCGUCCAAGGAUAAGUGUAAGAAGAUUAUUAAUAAAACUGGGAAGAUGUUUAAGCGGCAGGAAGGUGCGGUUGAAUGUAAAGCUACUACGAGUGAUAAUUCAAGUCAAAUUGUUAAGAAUGAUGCAUUUUUUGCGAAAAUCACUGCCAAUGACAUUGAAUAUGUUUUACCAAAGAGAGAAAAUGAUAAAAAUGAUAAAAAAGAUAGUGAAGAUGUUAAAGAUGAUAAUAAUGAAGAAAUACAGACAGAAAAUGUUGAUUUAAAGGAUUCUAAUGAGAGUGAAAGUGAAAAAACUGAUAAAAUCAGUGAUAUUAAAGAUGUGAGGAGUGAAAAUUCUAAAGUAAGUGAGACUUGGACUCGGAAACGUAUCAGUGGUGCUAUUGCUGAAGAAGUAAUGCAAGUGAGGAAUAAUUUUCGUAAAAGUAGACUACAACUUGAGGGUCAAAAUGGUUUUGAUGAUUUGCGACGUUAUGUCAAACAAGGCGGAGAUUUCGCUAAAGAAUUGGCGGCCAUCUUGCAAGAAAGAUCUGAAGCAGAAUUACAAUACUCAAAAUCUUUAUCAAAGUUGAGUAUAAAACUAUCCCGAGCAUGUCGUGAAGGAGUUGGAGGAUUAAACGAAGCCUGGAAGGCUGUGGCAAUCGAAAUGGAAACACGCGCAGAAGCACAUCGACACAUGUCCAAUGUACUUUUAGAAGAAACAGCGAAACCUUUAAAAAUACUCUCUGAGAAUCAGCAUCGCCAGCGUAAAAACUCCGAAGCUAUGGUGGACAAAGCAGCGAAGGUGUUGUCCGAGUGGCGUGUGGCGGAAGGUAAAAGUAAAAAACACAGCCACGCAUGCGCGAGAGAUAAUGAGAAACUGCAGGACGCCAUGUUGGAGAAUCGUAUGGCGCGGAGUACGAGUCUUAUACAACUACCGAAUAUUCAUAAGACUAAUAGUGAUAAGGAUAACGCCAAAUUGGAAGGCAAAAAACGUAAAGCUGAAGAUGCAGUGAAAAAAGCAGACAUAGAAUAUUACUCGCACUGCGUACGAUCGGAACGAGCAAGGUUAGAAUGGGAAUCAGCUGUGUUAAAAGGUGCCUCAACGUUUCAAACACUCGAGGAGGAUCGCCUAAACAGUUUGAAAGCAACGCUUGCUUGUUACCUCAAACAUAACACCGAACAUUCGCCAAAACUAGAAGAAGCCGUUGUGAAAAUUCGCCUGCCGAUUGAAACUGCAGAAGCUCAAAAGGACCUCUCUACGUUUGUUAGUCUCCGACAGUCAUCACAGCAAACAUCCGAACAAUUACUCCCUGAUUUUUAUUGUGAACAUAUUACUCUCGCGAUGAAUCGCGAGCGAAGGAAACAAGCACUGGUUAAAUUACUACAAUUGAUCAAACUUGACAUUGAAAGAGAACGAAAAGCAAGACAUGGAUUAGAAAAUCUCUCGAAAGCUAUCAAACAGACGCCGAAUUUCGGUGCGGAGGACUCACAACAAACUGUUGCUGAAAAAUUAUAUCAUAUGAAAUCAAUGUUGACGUAUUUAGAAGGAGCUAAGUAUAAAGUUCAGUCAGCUUUGGCUGAGUUAGACUGUCGACCGAGAACUGGACAUCCUUUGGCUUCACAUAUCACGAUAACACGUGAUAAGGCAGGAUUACAACAGAGUAUUCUUAAGGCACCACUUUGGUUAAGAGAACAGUGGACUGAAGGAGACGAAACAAAAAAUGAUAAAAACCAUCAUAAUCAUAAUCAUCAUGGUAAAGAAGGAGAAUACGACGUGGAAAAUAAUUGGAUUGACAGGGGCAUGGCUGAUGGUAACUCAAAUCAACACGAUUCUGAUUUUGAUGAAUUUUCAUCUCAAGGAAGCAGUAUCUGCGGCGGUAACUGUCACAAUGAAGAAACAAUCGAGCACAUCGAAAAUGUCGAGAAUGUUCAACCGAUCGCGGAAUGUAAAGCGCUUUAUUUAUACACACCUAACCUACCCGAUGAGCUAGCUAUUCGGCCGGGUGAUAAAGUGGUUGUCUACCGACAGCAAGAGGAUGGUUGGUGGCUGGGCGAGUGUAAUGGCGCUGUCGGGAUAUUCCCGGCGACAUAUGUCGAAACAGUCAAGACAUGAAUAUAAAUACAUUACAUUAAUUAAUCUAACGAAAAUGCCUUUUUAACAUGAAGAAAACAAUAUUAAUAAUUAAUUAUUAAUAUUAUUAUUAAUAGAAACUGUAAAUAUAUGCUUUAAACUGAAAAAAGGCAAAAAAGGCGAUGAUAUAUAAUCAUCAUUUGUGAUAACGAAAAUUGUUUGUAUAUGACAAUUUUAUAUUGUAGAGUUUAAGAUUCGGUAAUAAUAAUUUUAUUAUUAUUUGUAAUCGCGCUGCUAAUGGAUUUAAUCGUUGUGUACAAUAGUUUAUUUGUUUAUGUUGUGUAAGUGUUAUUGAUAUUGCUUUUUAAAAUUAUGUAUGUGUUUAUUUAUAAAAAGAAAUGUGAAUUUCUCAUUUUUAACUGAAAAAUAAAUAAUUUCACUAA